GUGCACAUGGUUAUUGAAACGUGGUGGGUGCUACAAGUGAAGUGAAAUUUACAAAAAUGACCAGGAAAUAUGGGCCGAUGAAGACGGCCAAGAUAACUUGGACUCUGGAGGAGUUGACAGUGCUUGUUAAUGAUGAAAAAUCACACGUACAUCUUGUCAAGACUAGCAGACACAUUGCUCUGCAUCCUUAUCAAUUGGGAAACUUGAAACAGUCCCUGCAUGACAUUCUUGGAGAUCAACUUAAUUAUUAUGACGUUAAAUUGAAUGGACUUUUGCUGUCUUACAAAAAUCCAAAAUUGCUCUCGGAAAAUGCAGCCAUGCUCUACGAUUCAUUUGCCUGUCAUGUUGACAUACAGGCAGAUUUUUAUGUGUUCAGGCCGAAAGUUGGAUAUAUUCUCAAAGGAGUCGUCAAUAAAAAAGCUGCAAAUCAUCUUGGUGUCUUGGUACAUAAGGCUUUUAAUGUCUCAAUACCGAGGAAAGAUGAGGAGGCUGAGGAUUGGCAGGGGAAUUAUCUGAAUGUUGGGGAUGAAGUUACCUUUGCUGUUGAACUGAUGGAAUUGAAGCCUGAGAGGGGAAAAUUACCAUUUUUCAGGGGGAAGCUGGUGACUAGUGAUCAAUCUGAUGAAGAUGUGGAGUCUGAGGGCACCAAGGAUGAAAACGAGCAUGAGAUCUCAAGGAUUGACAUGAAACAGCCCAAGUUCUCGUCGACUGUCAAUGAAGAGGACAGUUCAGAGUCUGAGGAAGACACUGUGGAGUCUCCAAAAACCGAGAGCAUUCGGGUAGGCCCCAAAGAAAAUGACAACACAAUGUCUGAGUUUGGGAAACUCAAAAAAAUUCAAGCAGAAGACUCUGAUGAUUCGGAUGACGCAGUGCCAUUUUCAAAUAGAUCUAAUAAAAAAGAGAGUCCAAAGAAAAUCCUGGAGAGCAGCCGGAAAAUUCAAGAGGAAAAAUUAAUUAAAAAAUCGCCAUUGCCUGAAAAAACAUCGAAGAAAUCUCUGAGAGACUUGCACCAAAACUCUCAUGACUCUGACAGUGACGUUCCCAUUUUUAAUAAAAAUACGCGGAAUAUGGAAAAAGAAUCGAAUCUUGUGAAGCUCCACAGGACACGAAAUUCGGAUGAUGAUGUACCUUUUUCGAAGCAUAAAGCUGAUAGAAAAAUCGAGAAGGCUUCCAAAUCCAAAAAAAUUGCGAAAAAGGCUAACAGUUCUGAUGAUUCAGAUGAAGUGCCAUGUAAUAGUAAACCGGUCAUCCAAUCUACCAAAAAAAUCAAACGUCAACGCUCUGAGUCUGAAAUCUGUGUCACACAGCCAUCGAAAAGAUUAAAAAAAUCACAGCGAAGCGAAUCUGAUCACGAUAAUUUUGAAAAAACGAAAAGAAUUAAUGGAAAAGCUAAAAGUAAUGAAGACCAUAAUGAACUCUCGGGAAGUAAUUCAAACGUCGAUUUAAAGCCCAGGAUAAUCCACGAACAAUUGCUCCAUAAUAAAAAAACGGAAGUUAAUCCACAAAAGCAUUCGAAAAAGAGAAAUUCUAAACCUGCGCAUGACAUGUCGAGUGAUAGUGAUAGCGAGAUUGAAAAGGCAAAUAUACAAAUAAAAAAAGAGAAGGAUUUGCAGACAAAAGAUGAUAAUUGCAGCCACACUGCGAGAUUACUGCCUGAUAAUUCAGAUAACGAGUCGAAUGGAAUAAAAAAUAAUUCAAAUAAAAAUUGGAGUGAUUUAAUGGAUGAGACAGUCGAUAGUGACGACGACUUCGCCUCGUUCAUGCUCGCCCAAAAAAUCGAGAAGGAGCCAGAUUCGGAGAUGAAAAGAAAAGGAGACGAAGACGUCGAAGAGGAUUCGAUACAAAUGCUGCUGCACGCACAGCAUAUAAAAUCAGAGGCGGAGAAAUCCACGAGACCUAAAGUUGAACACCAGGAAGUCAAUGAUUCAAAUAUUUUCAAAAUUAAUAAAGAAAAGAAAAAGAAGAAAUCUAAGAAACAGGAGGGAGAGCCCAAAGUGAAGAUCAAGAAGGAGAAGGAGAAAACAGUCAGUGCUUCGAAUGAGCAAUCAUCUUCGAUGUUGCCUCCAAAGGCUUCCAAGAGGAAGCAACUUAGGUCUUCAGCUCUUACCUCCCCUGAGGACAGUGGAGAAGUAAGCGACGCGUGCUCCACGAAGUCAAGGAUAUUAGUCAAGAGAGAAGAGUCUGUAUUUUUCACGAAUAUAACAAUCAAGCAGGAGCCCUACUCCUCAGACGUCGAGAGUAUCUCUUCGAGGAAACGUGUGCGAACUGAGAGCGCAAAAUUAUCAAUUGAACGUAAUGAUACGUUUGAAAAUAUCAGGAUUAAACCCGAGCCGAGUGAUGGGAAGAGCGAACCACAUGAAAAGACGAAUAAAAUAAAAAAGGAGAAAUUUAUGAAUGACCCGAGUAUCAAGAGCGAAGAGGAUUAUUCUGAUGGUGCACCCCCCAAGAAAAAAUCCAAGAAGAAAUUCAGUGAAUAAUGAAUAAACUGAAAAAAA